AUGGAGCAAAAGAAGGAAGAGGGCAAGGCGUUCUUUACGCAAGGCAAGUGGGCCGAUGCACUUGCUAGCUAUCAGGCAGCGCUAGCGUACCCAGCUGUACCUGUCGACAUGAAGAGUCUGCUACUGAGCAACAUUGCGAUGUGUCAGCUGAAGCUCCGAGAUUUUGCUGGUACUAUCUCGACCUGUGACCAAGCCAUGGCAUUGCCGCAAGUCAUGGAAUCCGUCAUGGAAAAGCUUCUAUUCCGCCGCGCACAAGGUUAUAUGGAAACUGAUCAAUUGACUGCAUCUGCCCAUGACGUCAAGGCCGUGCUGCAGAUCAAUCCAGGAAACAAACCCGCCGCGUUGCUGUUGCGUCAAUUGCAGGAACGCGCCCGUGCUGACACAUCCGGUGUCGGUAAAGCGCUCAAAUCUCUUCGCGAGUCUCCAUCCCUGGAUCCAUUGCGCUUCCUCGAGCAUGCUUCGGAUUCGAGCACGUACCGCGACGUCGUUGCUCAACGCGGUGAGUCUGUGCUGUGGAAAUGCGUGUACACAUGCGAAGACCGUUUGGUGGGUGCUGCCGCGCUGCGUGUGCUGCACAAGAUGACCGCGACAUGCGGCAACGCUGUCUUAGCUGCGGUCGAUGUGGCUAUCUUAACGACGUUUGUCCAACCGCCGCAAGUCGCCCUCGUCACGUGUGCCGAUGACUUUGUUUUGGAGGUGGGUGUGAUUGGUCUGUGCGGCGCUCUCGUGGGUUAUUUCCUCGCCCACCCCAAGGAAAACUCCCCCUCCCUUCCGACCAACACCCAACGGUUGCUGCUUGACGCUGUCCUGAACGGGCUGCGAAGUGCUCAUGUCCAGCUUCAAGUCGCCGCUCUUGAUACGUUGCUGACGGACCUCAAGGAUCAUGCGAAGGUGCGCACAUCGCUGGACGAAUUGGGCAUUUUCCCAUUGCUCCUGUCUCGCGCCGACGUGCUGGAGGAAAAAACCGUGUCCCGCGUCGCGCUCUUGUUUUCCCAAGUCCUUGCGUCAUUCGAAGGCAAGGAGACCCACAUCGAACGCCUGGUACAAGACUAUUGUGUCCUGCCCAUCAUGCGGGCGUCGUCGAUGGCGGCCGCCAGCCCCGGCGCCGUCCUCCUUUGCAGUGUCUUUCUCGUCAAUGCGAAACUCGGAAGCGUGGCCAUCCAGAGUCAAGCGUCGUUUUUCAAGCACCUCGGAGCGCUCUUGCUGGGGUCGUCCAACAUGCUCGCGCAUCAGGAACUCGUCAUGGACUUGGUCGCGUUCGUCGCUGGAUCGGACACCGGUGCCGCUUGCAUUCCCCUCGACCUGCGCGUGGAAUUGGGGAAGCUCAUGCAAUGCGACAUGGACGAUAAGCACCUGAAACUGCAAGCGACGGCCGUGGCGGCUCUAGUCAAGCUGCACAUUGUGGAAAAAACCUUUGAAGCAGAGACCCCGACCGGCCACAUGAUGGUCGACUCGGUCUUGGAUCUCCUCGAGCGUCUUGACAAUACUGGUGUGCGGCCAUCGGUGGUCGGGUCCACGGCCGCAGAACGUUCGAUCGAAGCGCUGUCGUAUAUUAUAACGUUCACGUCGGUCAAGGAUCUGCUCGUCAAACGACCCAAGGCGCUCGCGCCGCUCCUCCACAUCUCGCCGACCGACACGCCGUCCAACAUGCUGUACGGCAUUGCGUACUCGCUGCACCACUUGCUCACGUCCGAGUCACACUUGAAGAAACAAAAGAUGGCCAACAGUGAGAUGACGCCGGACCAAUACGAACAACUCCAGCACGCGCUCAAGCAAAAAUCCGAACUCGACGAUGGUGACAGCCCGCAGCAAGUGCAUGCCCGUCUUGCGAUCGUCCUGGGUCUCCCCACCGCAGUGAAGACGUUGGUGCAGCUCCUCAAGACCAAGAGUUCUGCUGUGCUCGAGCUCGCAAUUCAAAGCGCGUUGCAUGCCACCGAGAGCGUCGAGAUGCGCGGCAAGCUCGUGCAGGGAGGGCUCUUGGCUGGGCUAUUCCCCCAUGCCUACAAAAACGAACCAGCCCAGCAAGCCAUCGCCAAGAUUUUGAUCACGACCAACCCAAACUUGAUUCCGUCGGCGCAGUUGCUCUCGGCCGUCCAGCCGCUGCGCGCGCUUUGUCAAAAUAAACACGACUCGGCGCUGCUUCAGUUUGAAGCAUUGAUGGCCCUGACCAACAUCGCGUCCGUGUCGAUGGAGACCAAAGCGCGCAUCCUCGCGGACCAAGGGCUGUCGGCCAUCCAGUACCUACAAUUCUCGGACCACCAUCUCGUCCGCCGCGCCGCCACCGAGUGCCUCACGAACCUUCUGCCCCACGACGAUGUCCUGACGGUGUUUUGCCAGCCCGACAAAGCCCGUCUCUGGCUCGCGUUCUCGUCCAUUGAAGAGAGCGAAGAAGAUUUCGAAACUGCGCGGGCGGCGGCCGGCGCGCUGGCCACGGUCUCGCAGUACGGCGAGGUGUGCAAAGUUUUGAUGGAACAAGAGCCGUUGGUGACUGUCCAGGCCGUGCUUGGCAUGCCAGAUGUGUCCCCCGAACUCGUCCACCGCCACGUCGUUGUGCUGCAAAACCUGCUCGAGUACGUUGCAACUUUGAACGAUGACAAGCAGGCAUUGUACAAGGCCCAGAUGAAACUGAUGCUGCCCACGGUGCAGCUGCUGGUCACUUCCACGCCCGUCGAGAUCAAACCAGUCGCGCAGGCGUGCUUGGACUUGCUGCUGCAGUUUUGA